GUGUGAAGAGAAACUUGCCCUCUAACGGAAAGUGCGCGUGAGCGUUGGACUGCUAACCUUUUGGUUGCAGCGCGAGAUAUUUCCCACAUAGUCCAAAUUCCAUGGUGCGAACUAAUAUAGAGCUAGACUAAUAACGAUUAAUGGCCUAUUCAUUAAUACCUCAUUAGUCCUCUUAAUUAUAGGCACCUAAUUAGACCUCCUAAAUAAAAUACUUGCAGUAAUGUUUUGCUAACCUCUGAUAAUUUUGUCCGUAGACCUAAGAAUGAACGUGAGAUGAUUGUCACUAAAUCUGUUUUAGUCAAUUCCUCGGUAUUUGAAUUUAGUGUUUACAGGAUAACGAGCAUCAGAAUUCAGGAGACACCCCAGGACUGCAUUUAAAUUCAUAACAAUAAUAAUAAUAAUAAUAAUAAUAAUAGGCCUCGUAUAGCCUACUCCGAAAAAAACAAUGAAACAUAAUCAGUGGUCACCAGAGAUCACUCUAAGAUUACUAUGGAUUUUUAUUUUUUAAUUUUUUAAAUUCUGAUUAGAAAUAAACUAAUGGAUUUUCCCAAAGUCGAUUGCUGAAGUGGGUCUAAUAGUCCUACGUAUUUUUAAAUGUUAUAUUAUUUUGUUUUUUUGUGUAAAAUUAAAACACUUUCGGAGGCUAAUCCCGUGAUCAUGUUGCCAAAAGUAGGCCUAACCCUUAGUGUCACGCAGAUUUAGGCUACCAGUCAGAGUUGCUGCAACAUCUGUAGCCUAUUCAAUUUUUAACAUACGUUUACCUUUAGUUCUAUAUUGCUACAGUAGCUUUCUCUGUAAACUACACCGGAUUAGUUGGUACCGUAGGUGGUCAAAUGAAAGGUAGCCUAGAAUCCGAUAAACUGAUUGAGAAAGUUAUAAUCUUCAAAAUAAGUACUUGUAGCAUGGCCAUUGAUUAAAUACGUUUAAAAAUAAUAUAGCCUACGUAGCCUACUAUCCCUGACAAAUUUUUAAAGAAAACAGAAAAGAAAAAGCAAAGCAAACAUAUUAACAGUCGAUAAAAUCUUCCUUUAAUUAGUAAUAAUGGCUCAUUCUGCGCGUGUAUUUUCAGCCCCAUGGGUGCUGCUAUGUUAUGCAAAUUUAAAAGCGGGGAAGGGUUGAAAGAAUUGGAAGAAUUAAUGAAUACGAAAAAGUCCUUUGGCUACUUAAUAUGGGUAUUUUCUGCGAUAAGUAGGUGUUGACGAGCAGUUACGUAAAUGAAGGUUGCAACUGUCCGCCUCUUGCGUCUAACUUGUUCAGACAUACGAAAACGUUGAGCUCAGGCUACAUAGGCUAUAGCCUACAUUAAAUACCUCACUAUGAUUUCAACGCAAAAACCGUUCACAGUGUGCGCAUAAACUAACGAUAGAUCAUGGUGAAAUAAUUCGUAAAGGUUUGUUUCAUGGUAGUGUGUGGCGUUUAACCCAGAAUGAGGAAAAAAAUGAAUCAAAGAGCCCGUGUCAACUGCGGGGGUAUUAGAGCAGGUGGUGCACCUGUUUUUCAUUCGUUCUUUCCAUUGUCUUCAAAGGUUGAACUCCCUUUCUAAAGAUUUCUAAAUUGAAGUUUUUACAGAUCAAUAAAAUACAAAUAAAUACGUAAGUUAGUAAAUACAUAAACAAUACAUAACCGUGACUCAUCAAUUAACAAGCAUCAAUACGAAUGAACUGUGAGAUUAAUUUGAGAGAAAUUCCUAUGAGACGCCAAACGAUACACAUGAGAGAAAUGAAACACACGUAUUUACUGAGAAAUGAAGUACUGUCACACUUUCGCUAUCAAUCAUAAGAUAAGGCUAAAGUAUGAUCAUUAUACAGAUCAGAUCACAAAUUUAUUUAUUUAUUUAUUUAUUUGCAAAAACACGUUGAACAUUUUUGGGGAGAGGGGGUAAAAAUACCUGAAAUGAAUAUGAACAUACUUGAGUCAGUAUGUAAUGCAACGGUGCAACUCAAUAUGAUGACUACUAUGUAUUUUUUAUGAUUAUGUAAUCCAGCUAUAAUCCUCUGCCAUUGAUUAUAUGUUCUAUUGUCCGUUUAUUAACGAAAAGAAACAGAGAAAGUGUUCAGGCUUGAAAAAAACUGUGAAAAAAGUAAUCUCAGGAUUCCUAGUGGAAUUUUUCUCCACUCAGCCAGAGGGAUUCUUCAGAAUUGCCAGAGACGCACAAAGAAAGACAUUAUGACACUCAGAGGCAUUCAGCCAAUCAGGGACAAUGAGGGUGUCGCCUCUAUGGUAUAAAGGGAGCAGGUGGAGGCAGGUGGCAGAUUGUGACACACCUGACAUUCCUGAAUUUGCAGGGCACAAGUGUCUGAAUCAGGGACGAGGACAGACAGAGAGAGAAAGAGACAUAGAGAGAGAGAGAGAGAUUUUAUUACAUUUCCUUGUGGGGCAGAAGAUUUUUGUGGUGGAGAGUGAGGUCUUUCACCGGUACCCAAACAGCAGAAGAAGAAAUCAGCUGACGAGUGCAACUCCAGAAGAGACUUUUGGGGGUGAGCAUGAUGACGUUCGAGCAGCAGGGCCAGUCGCCCCCACUCUGUGGGACGCAGGUCCCCAGUCUGGGGCAGGAGUCCCCAGAACUCAGCCUGUACAGCGACAGCUACUACACCUCGCCAUCUCUACCCAGCCCCCAGCAGGUGGCCCCUUCCACUUACGAUAUGGGGGACUAUGCUACCCCCCCUUCGAACCCCUACUUGUGGUUCAAUGAUUUUGGGGUCAACAGCACUCCUUAUGUUGGUGGGGGUCCUGGGGUACCUGCUGCCCCCUUUAUCCCCCAGUACUUUGGUAUGCAGGGGGCCUACCCAUACUUUGGUGGGACGGGGGUAGGGGGUGGCGAGGUGGGCUGGUUUUCCAUGCCCUCCCAGGAGGAGCUGAUGAAGCUUGUCAGGCCCCCGUACUCCUACUCCGCCCUUAUAGCCAUGGCGAUACAAAGGGCCCCCGAUCAGCGAAUCACACUGAGCCAGAUCUACCAGUAUGUGGCCGAAAACUUUCCCUUCUACAACAAGAGCAAGGCAGGCUGGCAGAACUCUAUCCGCCACAACCUCUCACUCAACGACUGCUUCAAGAAGGUGCCCCGUGACGAGGACGACCCAGGCAAGGGUAACUACUGGACCCUGGACCCCAACUGCGAAAAGAUGUUUGACAACGGAAACUUCCGCCGCAAGAGGAAGAGGAAGUCUGACUCCCAGGCGGUCGAUAGCAGGGACGGAGGGGCCAGGGGCGCAGAGUCCGGAGAGGGGAGCAGGGGAAGCAGCCCCAAAAUCCCCAGUAUCUCCAGCACCCCAGAGAGAGGCCCCUCCCCCGUCUCCUUGGGAACCUCCCACUGCCUGAACAACUUCCUGUCUGAGGUGUCCGGACUGGUGACGGGGGGGUCAGGUUUGGACUUUAAUCCCCUUAGUCAACCAUCACCCCUUGACCUGCCACUAGAGGGGCCCCCGGGGGUCACACAAUUCGGGGGGUUCGGCUCUUAUUCCCCCGACGCCACCGUACCGCAGUGGGAGUCUCUGCCUGCGAUGUCCAGCCUGCAGUCCUCAGCUACGCCCUCCCCUGGGGCCUACAGAGGCUCGCUGCUCAGCCAGUUCAGCCAUCUCUACCCGAGUCUGGACUCCCCCGCGGCGCUGUACCCCCAGAGCGGCACGGAGGUGUGAACACGACGGCUGCGGGUGUGCUGGCGCACAACGUGCAAGCUGCCAUGCCCCGGGGGAAACCCCCCCUCCCUCCCUCCCUGCCUGAAAUCAGAAGCGCCCCUCUGCAGCUGGGAACGUGGAGAGGGGCGAGGACGGUCUCGCUGCGGAGCGAGAUUCGGCUCCCACAGGAACACCUGACUCAGCAGGGCACAGGCGCAGGCUCCCACGCUUCCCAGCGUGUGAGCGCUCUCGCAUUCCAAUCUCAAGCAGGGCCGGCUGCUGACAUCAUCGCAACCCAGACAAGAAUCCCAACCGCUUCCUUCUUCCCUUCACCUCCGGUUGUCAUGUCAACAUUGUAAACAAACCUCUGUACACCUGACUCUGUAACUGUUUACACAAAACUACAAAACCCGAGGUUCCAGUAGCCUCCUUUUGGCACUUGCAGAAUUGCUGGUCAUUUCUCAGUGGCCUGAUGGUAAUAUUACUGAGCAGAUACAUUGGAACAGACUGACAGUACAAAGGGACAAAAUGUGUUGAAUUCAGCAUGACUCAAAAUGUGUGCCCAUAGCUUGCUGAAAUGUGAUAAUUUGACAACCUUAUUGGUUUAAGUAUUUAUGUAUUUUUUAUCUGUUUGAAAUGUUUUUUUCUGGUUUAUAUAUAUAUAUAUCCAGAUAUAUUGUCUGGGUAUUUAUGGAAUGAUUGUGCGGGCAACAUGAAAAGCGUUGCUCUCUGUAAAUUUUUGUUUAUGUGUGUGAUAUCCAUCUGGGCUGUUAAUGGCCAAAAUGGCACAAUGUUUGAAAAAUAAAAAUGUGAAACGAAAA